AAUAAAAAAGUCCGGAAGCGGAAGAGUCAGUGUAAUGGGUCAAAGGCAGAGUUCUCGGGGCCCACCCUUGCCCCAGGGUGAGACGUUCGAUUUCAUGCUGAAAAAAUAUGGGCCCGAAAGCAUGUCAUGCAUAAAUGAUUGGAUUAAACAUACAGAUUUCCCACAAGGGGGGUCAUUUAAUAUGGCAAUACUAAAAAGGAUUGAAGACAAAAUAAAAGAACAAGAAAAUAAAUUAGAAACAAAGAAGACAGUCAAACAAAAAGAAAUAUUGGGAAUACGGAGACAACGGGCAUGCCUUAAAUGUUGGAAAGAUGAAGCUGAGAGACGGCAAAGAAAACAAAAUAGUAAACGGUUGGCUGGGAGACUGGAUGUGACGGGAAGCGUGUGUGGUCGUGAAGACAAUUGCUCUGUCCCCUCCGCUUCUGUCCCUAAUGUCCAGAAUGACUCUGGCGUUUCUGCAACACACACACGCGCACACACUAGAGAGAAAACACCUCCUCCAUACAAAGCUUCUGAAAAACAGGAUUUGUCUAAUAACCCUCCUUUCUCUUCUACUUCCAUGUAUCCUGAUCUGAGCGCCCUCACAAGCGUGAUGGACCACGACCUCGACUCAUACGCCUUUGGCCCAGGGCAACCACAAGCCAAACCACAACCCCAGCAUGUGAGCAGCAGCAGCCACCCGGACGACACAUCUUCUGAGGCGGGGGGAUCUGCAUCAGCAUCGGCCCCCACGCAGCGGGCAGCCUUAAAGACUGAGGCCGAUACACCAAGAGGGGCUGCUGGGGCGGGUCGCUCCUACGAACUGAGACAAGACAUCAAACCUCCUGACCGCUACACGGACAUCAGUGCCCCGAUGGUUGAAGUUAUGGGCCCGAAUGGACGAGACCUGGUUUUCAGGGCCUGGACACCACAGGACAUUGAAGAGAAUGCUAAGUCUCUUCCUGAUCCCACCCUGUGUGGUGAGAAGUUUGCCACUGCUUUCACUGACUUCUGCAGGGAACUGCGUCCAACAGGUGCUGAGAUUCGCAGAGUUCUCGCACGCAAACUAAGAGCAACUGAACUGGCAAAGAUUCAUAACAAACUGCCUGAAAUGGGACUGCGAGUUCUUAACCCAGAUUGGGAUCAUGCGGACAAUCAAGGGUUCGUGAAUGCAGUCAACGGCCUGGCCGAAGAAAUUAAGAAAACUUUCCCCACAAAAAUCAACAUGACGAGCAUCUACACCUGCAAGCAGAAGGCUGACGAGUCCACAGACGACUUCAUCGAAAGAGUGAUAGAGUGUGUCACACGUCACAGUGGACAGCCAAAGCCUUCCACACUGGGGGUGGACGGUAAUAUCACAGUUUGGGAAACCCUGGUUUGUGACUCGGUCAUUAAAGGACUUCUCCCACAAGUUGCCGAGGCAUUCAAAGCAGCCUACGUGGGGUGGGCUGAGGAACCAAAACUGUCCGAAGUCCGGAAACACGCCAGACAUGCAGCCAGUCUGGUGGAUGAGCAAAAAAGAACAAAAAAGGACAAGACUGAGAAAGAACUGCAUCUGGCUGCCAUCUCCACGUAUCAAUACAUCGGCAGAGGAGGAAGAGGCCAAGGAGGGAGAGGCAGAGGAGGAAGAAACCGAGAAAGAUCCUGGCCAGAACAGAGGAACCCGGGGCAAGAGGAUGUCUGUCAUUGCUGUGGGAAAAGAGGCCAUUGGUGGAGGGACUGUCGGGUUCGUAAGGGUCGCCCUUCGCGGCGUCAGGAAGCAGAUUGACGCUGUAAGCCGGAGGGGGGCGAGCCGUCACGCUUGUGGGGUCAACAGAUUGGGCGUGCCCCUCAGAGGACUCUAGGUGCACACCCUCCUCCUGGUAAGCCAUUUGACCACAUCAUGAUGGACUUCAUUGAACUGACUCCUUCUGAAGACAGUGAAGGAAGCAUUGCCUGUGGCAGCCGACAGAGCCCUCCAUUCGUUCCGUCCAGGAGACUGGGUUCUGAUUCGGGACUUCCGCCGGAAGCAUUGGAGAUCCAAACGCUGGCUGGGUCCAUUCCAGGUGCUCCUCACGACGCACACGGCAGUGAAGGUCGAACAGCGAGUUCCUUGGAUCCACGCAUCACACUGCAGGAAAGUGCCACCGCCGCGGGAGACCGACCGAUCGCAGGACAAGAAAGAUCACACACUGGCAUCAUCAUCAUCCACCUGAGCCACCGAGCUGGCUGUGAGGACUGCGGCCCACCACAAGUUUGGUUCCUAGCAAGAAGAGGUGGGUGAAGAACACUGCUCCGACGGAAUCACAAUAACAUUCCGGGCAGUGAUUUGCGUUGCUUGUCUCCAGAGACUGAUUCAACAGAGUUUGUUUUGACACGGCUGAUCUGUGGAACACAGCGGUUCCAAGAACUAGAUUUGUUUGCUCAUUGCUUAUGCUCCCUAAAUAUCAGAGAACUGACUGAUUAAAAAAAAAAAAAAAAAAAAA